AGCAUCUUCACUAGGUGACUUCGGUCAUAGCUCGCUUGUAGUGCGACGCAGUUCCACUGCUCCAGAAUGGGUAAAUUAUAUCGACUGGUCGUAUCCGGUCCAAGUGCUGUGGGGAAGACAUCGAUGAUUGAGCAAUGCAUAUAUGGGAAUUACACUUCUAAGGGACCCAGUGACUUUUUCCCAACCUAUGAAGAUACAUAUAAUGCAGUGGUGGAAACGGAUCGUGGAACCAAAGAAAAGCUGGAAGAAUGUCGUGGAAAGCGUGAGAUCUUCUUUGUCUUCUGUGGGAACAAGGCUGAUAAACCGAAAGACCCUAGCCUAGACUCCGCCUCACUAAGUGAUUGGGCCCAGCGGGAACGAGUGCACCUUUUUGAAACUUCGGUUCUUGAUCGACAGGCGUUAUGCAACGUGCUCACUUGGAUUGUUUCACGCGUGACUCAGUCACCUGGCAAAAGCAGUUUUCCGUUCGGGAAGAAAGAAUCACGUCCUUUUGUGAACGUCGCAGGUGCGAAAUCAGAGGCAGAGUGAUUUAUUCUGCGCAUCCAUUUGCGGCAUGGUGCUGUCUGGCUGUGAUAAUUGCGCUGUCUUCACAUCUACGAUAUUUUGCCGACUUCUUGCACAGUUAACUUGUUCGAUCUCGUAUGGUGAUGCUAAAUAAAC